UGGAAACCGGUGCAGCUGCGGGGAGAGUCGUGGCAACUCUUCCUCGAUUACUGUCACUUUUUCCGAUUUCAGGCUCCUUGGAGAGGACACAGUAUGCAUCAAAAGCAGAAAAUGGAGCCUGUGACCUUUGAGGAUGUGGCUGUGAACUUCAGCCUAGGAGAGUGGGCUCUGCUGGAUUCCAGUCAGAAGAAGCUCUACAGAGACGUGAUGAUGGAGACCUUUAUGAACCUGAUCUCCAUAGGGAAAACAGAGGAAAAAGAAAAUAUUGAAGACAACUACCAAAAUCUCAGAAAAAAUGUGAGAAGUCUGGUGGUUGAGAGGAGUUGUGACUACGGAGAUGUCAGUCAGUGUGGAGAAACCCAGCAACGGAUUCCAGAGCGUAUCAUUCAUAGAGACAUGCCUCCUGAAAUAUCAGUGUGUGAAAACAGUGUGCUUGCUAGAGACAUCCUUGUUCAUUCACUCUCAUAUGUGCACCUCAGAUGUGAAACUGCAGAAAAACCAUAUGGGUCUCAGGAAUAUGUGGAGAAGUGUUGGAAAGAUUCUACUUAUUCUGAGUCUUUUCAGACAAAGCGAAGUCCUCCUCGAGAGACACCCUAUCAAAAUAAGCAAUCUAAUGAAGCCUAUAGGAGUCUUAAUUCUGACCAGUAUUGUGAGCAAAUUCACACUGGAGAUAAACUCCAUGAAUGGAAGCAAGUUGAGAAAGCCUUCUGGAGGUACAGUUAUGGUCAAAUAUAUGAAAGAAUCACCAUUGGAGAGGAACCAUUUGUGUGUAAGCAGUAUGGUGAAGCCUUGGUUAAUUCUAGUCAUCUUAUUAAACAUGAAAUAAUUAACCCCGAAGAAAAAUGUUACACAUGUAAGCAGUGUGGGAAGGCAUUCAGAUAUUCCUCAUCCCUUCAGAACCAUGAAAGAAUUCAUAGUGGGGAGAGGCCAUAUGUUUGUAAGCAAUGUGGAAAAACCUUCAUUCGUUCCUAUGACCUUCUUAUCCAUGAAAGAAUUCACAGUGGAGAAAAACCUUACACAUGUGAGCAUUGUGGGAAAUCUUUCACCCAUUACAGCGGCUGGUAUAGUCAUGAAAGGAUUCACACUAGAGAGAAACCCUACGUGUGCACACAGUGUGGGAAAGCCUUUUCAUGCUCUACAUCGUUCCGGAGGCAUGAAAGAAUUCACACUGGGGAGAAACCUUAUCUAUGUAAGCACUGUGGGAAAGCCUUCACCCAUUCCAGUGCUCGUUACAUUCAUGAGAGAAUUCACACCGGAGAGAAACCCUAUGUCUGUAAGCACUGUGGAAAAGCAUUCCUCCGUGCCAGUCAUCUCAACAACCAUGAAAGAAUUCACACUGGAGAGAAACCCUAUAUUUGUAAGCAUUGUGGGAAAGCCUUCAUCCAGCGUGAUGCUUGUUAUAAUCAUGAAAGAAUUCACACUGGAGAGAAACCAUAUGUAUGUAAGGAAUGUGGAAAAGCAUUUAGGAUUUCCACCUCCCUUCGUGACCAUGAAAGAAUUCACACUGGAGAAAAACCUUACAUAUGUAAUUAUUGUGGGAAAGCAUUUAGGGUCUCCACAUGCCUUCACAAACAUGAACGAGCUCACACUGAAAAGAAACCCAGUGGGUAGAACUGAAGACCAUAUAGAUCAUGUGGCAUUAUCUUUGAUCGACUUGCUAUUAGGAAAGUGUAUGCAGGGUCAGUCAGAUGGCUCAGGGGUAAAAGCACUUGCCCUAAGCUUGAUAGCCAUAGUUGGAGCCUCAGAACCCAUGUGAAGAGAUAGAACUGAGUUCCCAAGGUUUGCCUCUAACUUGUACAUACGUGCUGCCAUUUGCAUGCAUACCCUCACAUAGAUGUAUAAAGAAAUAGGAUAAUUUAAAAUACCUUUUUAAAAUUUUGUUUUGUUUUGAGACAGGGUUUCACCGUGUAACCCCUUGGUUGUCUGCAACUCACUCUGCACACCAGGCUGGCCUUAGAGGUCCACCUGCCUCUGCCUCCUGAGUGUUGAGAUUAAAAGUAUGCAUGUCACUGCUGCCUAGCUAAUAAUUUAAUCUUAAUGUUUUUUGCUUUUAGUUAUUUGUAGUUAUGUGUGGGUAUGUGCAUGUGAGGGUUGGAGCACUCAGCAGUCAGAGGCAUCAGAGUCCCCUGGAGCCGGAGUUUCAGGAGCCUGUGAGGUUUCCCAUGUGACUGCUGGAAAUGCAGCUCGGGUCCUCCGGAGAGCAGAAUCUUCUGAGCCAUCUUUCCAGUCUCAUAGGUGUAAUUAAAAACAAAUCUAGAAAGAAAUAGCUGGAAUAGACCUUAAAAUGUGUAAAUUUGGGCACAUAUGAAAUGUGAUAUUGGAUAAAAACCAGUUCCAUCAAAUGUGCUAAGGCACAUUUUUUUUUGAAAGUUAUAUUUAACAUAAAUUAUGAACACAAUUCAUGAACAUUACAUUUACAUAGGUGUAUGUGCAUGGUGUCCACAUACAAGUGUGCAUGUGGAAUUGGAGUGCUUUCAGAGGUCUGUUCUGUUCUUUUCUCUCUGUAGGCCCUGAGAAGGAACUCAGGUUGCUUUUGAAACUGGUAUCUUAUCCUGCUGGGCAAUCUUGCUGUCCCUGCUUCAUGCCAUUUACUCAUUGGAGAAGUAGAUGCUAGAAAAUUACAAAAUUGAAUACAGUGGAUUUGCACACACCUGGGAGAGUUAAGAACUCAUUCCAACCAAUGAAAAAAAUUCAGCAUUAAAAAUAAUGUAAGUUGUAUGUUGUCUCAAAUAAGGUGAAAGAGAAUUCUCUUCUGUGUGUUGUAAAAGCAAGAAAACUGAGCACUCCAAAUAAAUGCUUCCUUUUGAAAGUC